AUGGCGAGGACCCGGUCCACCAAGGCUGCUCCGGCUCCUAAGAAACCCGCCACGGAUUCGAAAUCUGCGUCCUCCAAAUUCACCUUGGGCCCUCAGGCUGAGAAUCCUUCGAAGCUCUUCAUCCUCCCAUCCAAAGCCACUGCCGAAGCCCGAAUCGUCACCCUGCCCAAUCCUAGACAUUCACGCCCUGCUCGAUACCUGGUUUGCCCAGAGACAGGCAUCUACGAAUUCACCAAGAUCGCGGCGCCAAAGACAACGCCACGAAGUUGGUUGAUUGAAACAACACCCACUUCUACGAGUACCGAAGCAGAAAAAGAUGACACAAAUCUCCAGGCGGAGACUUCCACCGGCCAGGAGCUGUACAUGGCGACAGCAAUCGACCCUCUCUUUCUGUCUCUCCCAGCUUUGGCAGAGAUGAAAGCAUCCAAGGGAUCCGCCGAACAAAAGCGCAUGUUCCUUACAAGCGAUGAUCACUUCGAGAAACUCCCCGAGGAGUCUUCACACCUGUCUGAAAUCUUGCGCUGCCCCAAGACCCGCGCAUUGAUCGAGACGCGUAUGGGAGCGAUCUGUGAUACAGUUGAAGCUGGCGACGAGGUCAUGUUCCGGUUGGAUGAGAAAAAGCUUGUCAGUGUCAUCCUUGCCAAGGCGAAGCGAAUGAGCAAAGGAGGACUUCCUCCGAGCAUGGAUGAAAAAUUUGUCAAGAAAGCGCUCGAGGCGCCCAUUCUUGUCCAAAAGCGAGAGAUGAAAGGGGGCGAAGUGGUGACGGCCCCCUCUAACGCCAACUCUCAGGUAUCGACUCCGCCAACUGAAUCUACAGAGUCACAAUCGACCGUCGCAUCAGCCGACACAGUAGCAUCGUCAGCAUCGCAGCCUUCGACAGCAGCCACGUCCUUUUCCGAAGAACAAUCCACCGACAGCAUCGUGAGUGCCAUGGAGGCCCCGGCUGAGAUUAUCCAACUUCAGAGACUCCGAGUUGCGUUCAACUUCAUUUGCUCCAACUACGUUGCACCAACACUCGCCGCCCAACUCCAGGAAUCCCUCUCCAAAGCUGACACAACCUCUACCGAUUUCUCUCCCUUGGAUGAGUACCUCACGAAGCUUUCCAAGCUACGCACGGAGGCCAUGACAUCUCGGUCAACGGGCGACUAUUCACGCAAGCACGACCGUGACGAAGAAGAGGACGAGGCUCGUGCUGAGAAGAAGCGGAAACUGGAGGAGGAAAAGAAGAAGAAAGCCUCGGAAAGUCGCGGUGUUCGAGAGCUCAAAAAAGUCAACACAAAGGGCAUGAAGAAGAUGAGCGACUUCUUCAAAAAGAAAUAG